AUGGAGAGCGUGUCGUCGUCGAAGAAGGCGGCGAACCGGCUGGUGGUGGAGGAGGCGACCACGGACGACAACUCCAUCUGCAACCUCCACCCGGCCACCAUGGACGAGCUCUCCAUCUUCAAGGGCGACCUCGUGCUGCUCAAGGGCAAGCGUCGCCGCGCCACCGUCUGCAUCGUCGUCCCCGACGACACCUGCGAGGAGCACAAGCUCAGGAUCAACAAGGUGACCCGCUCCAACCUCAGGAUGCGCAUCGCCGACGUCGUGUCCGUGCACCUCUGCCCCGACGCCAAGUACGGUAGGCGCGUGCACGUCCUCCCCGUCGAUGACACCGUCGAGGGCAUCACGGGCAACCUGUUCGAGGCCUACCUCAAGCCCUACUUCGCGGACGCCUACCGCCCGGUGCACAAGGGCGACCUCUUCCUCGUGCGCGGCGGCAUGCGGAGCGUCGAGUUCAAGGUCAUCGAGAUCGACCCUGCCAUCGACAACUACUGCAUCGUGGCGGGGGACACGGAGAUCUUCUGCGACGGCGAGCCGGUGAAGAGGGAGGACGAGGAGAGGCUCGACGGCAUCGGCUAUGACGACGUGGGCGGCAUGCGCAAGCAGAUGAACCAGAUCAGGGAGCUGGUCGAGCUGCCGCUCAGGCACCCGCAGAUUUUCAAGUCUCUCGGCGUGAAGCCUCCCAAGGGCAUCCUCUUGUACGGCCCUCCCGGCUCCGGAAAGACGCUGAUUGCUCGUGCCGUGGCCAACGAGACAGGAGCCUUCUUCUUAUGCAUCAAUGGCCCCGAGAUCAUGUCCAAGAUGGCCGGCGAGAGCGAGAGCAACUUGAGGAAGGCCUUCGAAGAGGCCGAGAAGAACGCGCCGUCCAUCAUCUUCAUUGAUGAGAUCGACUCCAUUGCUCCAAAGAGGGAGAAGACACACGGCGAGGUGGAGAGGCGCAUCGUGUCCCAGCUGCUGACGCUCAUGGACGGGAUGAAGGCGCGAGCGCACGUCAUCGUCAUGGGCGCCACGAACCGCCCCAACAGUAUCGACCCUGCUCUCAGGCGCUUCGGGAGGUUCGACCGCGAGAUCGACAUUGGCGUGCCGGACGAGGUCGGCCGCCUUGAGGUUCUACGCAUCCACACCAAAAACAUGAAGCUCUCUGAGGAUGUUAACUUGGAGGUGGUCGCCAAGGACACUCACGGGUAUGUUGGCGCUGACUUGGCCGCACUCUGCACCGAAGCGGCGCUGCAAUGUAUUAGGGAGAAGAUGGACGUGAUUGAUCUUGAGGAUGACACAAUCGACGCCGAGAUCUUGAACUCCAUGGCUAUCACCAACGACCACCUCAAGACUGCUCUCGUCGGCACGAACCCUUCGGCGCUUCGCGAGACCGUCGUGGAGGUGCCCAACGUCAGCUGGAGCGACGUCGGCGGUCUCGACGGUGUCAAGAGGGAGCUGCAGGAGACUGUGCAGUACCCGGUGGAGCACCCCGAGAAGUUUGAGAAGUUCGGCAUGUUGCCUUCCAAGGGCGUCCUCUUCUACGGGCCACCAGGCUGCGGCAAGACGCUGCUGGCCAAGGCGAUCGCCAACGAGUGUCAAGCCAACUUCAUCAGCAUCAAGGGGCCCGAGCUGCUCACCAUGUGGUUCGGCGAGAGCGAGGCCAACGUCCGUGAGAUCUUCGACAAGGCGAGGCAGUCGGCGCCGUGCGUGCUCUUCUUCGACGAGCUCGACUCGAUCGCGAUGCAGCGCGGCGGGAGCGUGGGAGACGCCGGCGGUGCAGCCGACAGGGUCCUGAACCAGCUGCUGACGGAGAUGGAUGGCAUGAACGCCAAGAAGACGGUGUUCAUCAUCGGCGCCACCAACAGGCCGGACAUCAUCGACUCGGCGUUGCUCCGUCCCGGCCGCCUCGACCAGCUCAUAUACAUCCCCUUGCCGGACGAGGCCUCGCGACACCAGAUCUUCAAGGCUUGCCUCAGGAAGUCUCCCGUGGCCAAGGACGUCGACCUCGGUGCACUCGCGAGGUUCACAACAGGUUUCAGUGGCGCCGACAUCACAGAGAUUUGCCAGAGGGCAUGCAAGUAUGCCAUCAGGGAAGACAUUGAGAAGGACAUCGAGAGGCAGAGGUCAGGCAUGGAGGUGGACGGCGGGCAGGAAGAUGAAGUGGCUGAGAUCAAGGCAGCUCACUUCGAGGAGUCGAUGAAGUACGCGAGGAGGAGUGUGAGCGACGACGACAUCAGGAAGUACCAGUCGUUUGCUCAGACGCUGCAGCAGUCCAGGGGCUUCGGCACCGAGUUCCGCUUCCCGGCGCAGCCACAAGCGUCAGAAGUUUCUCCCAAUGCCUUUGACACCUCGGUGGCAGCCGAUGAGGAUGAUCUCUACAACUAA